AUAGAACAACAAUGGGGUAUUAGAGUUGAUGAAAGCACAAUUUCACGUAUUUUUUUAAAAAAAGAUGAACAAAUUAGUUCUCAAAUUAUUAAUUCAAAUGCCAAGCAUCAUAGAGCGGUAACAUACCCAGAACUUGACCAAGCUCUAAAAGAAUUUGUGCUAAUUUAUCAAAAUAAAACGAUUUUAAGUAAUGCAAUACUUGUCAAAAAAGCCAAACUAUUUGCCAAUGGCUUGGGAAUUCCUGAGGGGGAAGCAGAGUCAGCAGAUGAAGUAGCUAUUAUUAAUGCCUUACCUGCUCUAAGAAACAAAUGUUCCAACUAUCCUAUCGAAAGAAUCUAUAACAUGGAUGAGACAGGGCUUUUUUUUAAGUUAGAACCCGAUCGAUCAUUAGCAACUCAAUGUCUUUCUGGGCGCAAAGUAGAUAAAGAACGUCUUUCAAUUGCAUUAUGCACAAAUGCUAACGGCUCUCAUAAAAUGGUCACUUUUGUAAUUGGCAAAUAUGCCAAACCACGCUGUUUUAAAAAUAUUAAUUUUAAAAAUUUAGCUGUUAUGUAUAAAAACAGUGCCAAGGCAUGGAUGAUUACUUCCCUUUUUCAAACAUGGCUUCAAGAGUUCGAUUAUCAAAUCAGUUUAAAAUAUCAGGGUCAACAUGUGCUAUUGGUUCUCGAUAAUUGUUCAAGCUAUAAAUUAGAUGGCCUUACCUUACAAUUCACUGAUAUUGUAUUUCUUCCUUCGAGAGCAAUCUCCAGAAUCCAACCACUGGACGCUGGAAUCAUAAUGAGCUUCAAGAGACACUACCAUCGUCCUUAUAUUCGCUGGAUAUUAAAGCAUGUAGAAAAGAGUGAACGUGCUGAUGGACUAAAAAUGGAUAUAUUGCAAGCUAUACAUUUCAUCAUUCAAGGCUGGGAUGAACAUUACGGUCAGACUAUGGAUCCGGCACUUGAUGAUCUUACCAAUGCACUUGAAGACCUCUGUAUUCACUUUGAUAACCCAAUGCCAGUUGAAGAGUUUCUUUCUAUCCCUGCAGAAGAUGUUGUUUACGAAAUUCCCACGAAUAACCAAGUUAUUGAAGAACUUAUAAAAACUUUCAAGCCAGUCGAUUUAGCUUGUGAUGAUUCGGAAGAUGAUAACAGCAUUGAAAUCCCUUUAAUUAGUAUCGAUAUAGCAAUUACAAGCUUGGAGACUGUGUCUAUGUUUUUGCUUCAACAAGAUGAAGCAAAUGA